AACAUCUGCUCAAAAAGUUGCAGCAACAAUUGUUACUUUCCGAACGCGGCUCCGCCACUGUCGACUUGGAAACGCGUUCAAUUGUGAAUGCGCGCGGAAAUCCAAUUGUACAAACCAGAAAAGUUCGAUUCGAUUUUACACACACGUCGCGCGUGUGUGCGCGAUCAACUAUGACGAGUUCGAGGGUAGAAUCUGACUUGCCCGUCACCAUCGAGUUCGGGGGUGGGGCGGAAUUAUUGUUCAACAAUAAGAAAAGACACGAGGUGAACUUACCUGGUGAGAAAUGGACCUUGAAGCAACUGCUGGUCUGGCUACGAGAUAACCUCCUAACCGAGCGACCGGAGCUCUUCAUGCAAGGCGACACGGUGAGACCGGGUAUACUGGUUCUGGUGAACGACGCCGACUGGGAAUUGCUAGGUGAAGGCGAUUAUAAACUGUGCCCGCGAGACAAGGUGCUCUUCAUCUCGACGUUGCACGGAGGAUAGAAAUUUCUGAUAUUGGACAUCGACGAGGAUAAGAGGACGAUCUAUCCAAACAUCGUGAAUUUUGUUUGUGAUACAUACAUAUAUAUCACAAAAUACACAUAUGUACAAUACAUA